CCUCGGCCGCCCUCAGCCCGGCAGGCCGGGGCUCUGGAGGAGCGGUGGCUCCGUGCUCGCUCUGUCACCCCGAGUGUCGCGGUUCUGAUGAACUCCCAGCGCUGCCAGGGCCGGUGAGGGGGGUCCGGGUCCUGCCGGCGGGGACUGAGGGCGCCCGGCAGAGCUGCAGCCAAAGCGCCCGGCGUGCUGAGGUGACACAGUGAACAGGGAUUGCGCUGCUCAGCUUGUUUGCAAAGUCUGGAAGGAAAUGACACGAAUUUAGAGGCGUUUACAGUAUUUCAGCACUGAGCAGAAGCUUAUUUAUUGCGAGAUGAGCCUACGAAAUCAUUGCGGGAAAUGCUUCCUGAUGGUGGGAGAAGUGAUGAGUCAGGAUGGCACAUCUUGGGCUACCUCUGAUCCUUUGUGCCUUUGGGAAGCCAUUUUGUCAAUCCAGGCUUCAGUUGCAAGGAAAAAAUCAGGUGACUUAGAAGAGAAAUGCCCAGUGGUGCUCCUGUUUCUGUGACUGGAUUAAAGUGACCUGGAAGCUGAUUUGCUGUGAGCAAUCAGUGAAGCCACACAGGAUUUUGUGGAAUAUUGCAUGAUCUCAUCAUGAAGAUCUCUCUCCUGCAGCAGAUGUAUAAGGAUGUCCUGGCAGGCAUCCCCCUAGCAAGGGAAAGCCGUCAUUAUUCCUCUUUAAUGAAUCUGUGUGUUGAGCAGCCACCAGGAGGAGAUGGAUCCUGUCACCAGCAGCAUCUGCCACCGACUGCUGGUGGCACUGGGAGCCAUCAGGACUCUGAUAUGUCAGAUGUUGUCCCUGCAACAGAUGAUUUAUCCAGGAGCUUUGCAAACAUGAGCUCCUCGUUCUGCCCCCGGGAGGUGACGCUGCUCCAGCUCACCCUGAUCAAAAUGAUGGUGGCCAAAGCAGAGUCCCAGGAGAUUGAGCUCCACACGAGACAGAAGUACUGUGAAAUCUUUGUUCUUCUUCUGAAGGAGGCAAAAAUUGACUCAAAAUUGAUUCACCUGCUGGGUUCUGAUGAUCGGCUGUUAUCUCACAUGGCCUCACAAAGUUUGGCAUCUCUUGUGUAUUUCCAGCUGAAGGAAGAGGGCGCUGUGAACGUGCCGUGGCUGAGCUUCAGCCUGGCGGCGCUGCCGGGGUUCCCGGGGGGCGCGGGGGUGCCCGGCUGCCUGUGGGCCCUGGCGGCGAUUCUCAAGGAGACGCGGAAGGACGCGCCCGCAGCCCGAGCAGGUGCUUUGAAGAAGCUGUUGGCUCCUCUUGAUGCAGUGCUUGAAGGAUUUUAUAAUGCCAUCCUGCUCCAUCAUUUUGACAGUCACCACUACACUUCACCUUAUUCUGAAGCUACAAACAAUCUGAUCAGUUUUAUAGAUCUGCUUGAAGCACUUUUGGUUUCCAGAGUUGAACUGGAAAUACCAUUCAGGUGCCAGAGAAUUUUAUUUUUGAAAGUUUCUUAUGUCCUCAAUGUUAUUAGCUCAUCGAUUCCUUAUGUAAUCAAGAAGAAAUUCAUUUUGCUCCUUAAAAAAUGUGUCCUUUGCAAGUCUAGAGAAGAUGCUAAAGGUGGAUCCCUGUUCUUACAAAGCCCAUCUUGGUGUGAGGAUAUGCUUGCACUGAGUAAUGUUGUUCUGCAGGUUGUGAAUUUGACUUGGCUUAAUCAGAUCCCACUCAGUGGGAAGUCCAGCUACUUUGGAAGCAGUGAAACUGUUCCUGGCCAUGAUUCUCAAGGUGCUUCUGACCAAACUGCUCUCAGAGCCUUAAGUCUGGUUGUGCUUAAAGCACUGGAAUUCAAGAUUCACAACUCUGCAACAGAAGCAGAAAUCAAAGGAGACUUUGAGAGCUCCAUGUGCCAGGUGCUGAUGUUCUGGAGGAGUCAUGGGAAGCCUUCCCCAGCUGGGCAUCACUGUGAAUGGCUCUCCUUGGUUUUCAUGGAGCAGGAUGAUGACAUGUGGGAAGCUGCUAAAGCUUUAUUGCUCAUCUAUUUAAAACUUGAUAGGUUCCGGCGUGGUGUUGCUGAUAACCUAAGCCCCAAAGAGGAGGAAUCCUGGCAGUUCCUUGUGCAUGCAGGUGGAUAUAACCCACACUGUAUCUUUUUAUUUUUUCUGGAAAAGAUUGCAUUUGAUUCCACAGUACUUCUAGAUUUUCUGAUUUCAUCAGAAACUUGCUUUCUGGAGUACUUGGUCAGGUACUUGAAGCUCCUUGGGAAGGAGUGGCCUCGCUUUGUGGAGGUCUGUAACCAUUUCGAUGCCAGGCACAGCGCUUUGCACGCAGUUUGUUCUGUCAGGCAGAGCUGCGUGGCUGGGCCGAGUUUGCAGAGUGCUGUUUGUGCAGCAGAGCCACGGAGUGCCAUGGCUUGGGCUCCUCACGAUUGCCCGGUGUUUACAGCACGGCAGGGUGAUAAUGGGGCUGCAGAGUGGAGCCGGUCUGACUCACUGACCGGCACUGAUAGCGCGUCCCUGCUCGCUCCUCUUCAAAGCCUGGUUAAUUAUGACAGCUCAGAGGACUCGGAGGUGGAAUCAGAUGGAAAAGAGUGUUUGGUAAACACGAAGCAAUUGCCUUCAAACAAUGAGGGUGAGGUGAGGAGGAGGCAAGCAGGUUGCAGCUGCAGAGAUGAUGACCGGAAUUCACGCACCUCUGAAGUGUCGCCUCCGAAACUGAAGGGAUCUCCUGCCUCAUCCUGUUGGACUCGUAUGGCAUCUCCAGAUAACAUUGCUCCCCUCAGAGUAAUGCUUUACAAAUCAACAAAGUGUCUGGAAGAGCUGCAGGAGGCUAUUUCUAGGUUGCAGAGAAGAAAUCUUUUCCCAUAUAAUCCAUCUGCAUUGUUGAAACUGCUGAGCCAGGUUGAGAAGAUGAAUAAAUCCAUGAAUCCACAAUAA